UUUUAGGAUGAGUUGGCAGGUUCAUCACACCGGAAGUGUUUAUAUCGGCAGGAGGCUAGGCUAACAGGCUAGCAGGCGAAAGUCUCCGGAGUGGCGGCGGUGUGCGGACCGAUUCUCCCCGAGCCUGCUGAAGCUUUCCAGCGAUGAGUCUGCAGUGGACCGCCGUGGCCACCUUCCUCUACGUGGAGGUCUUCUUAGUGCUCCUGCUUUGCAUCCCCUUCAUCUCUCCGAAAAGAUGGAACAAGAUCUUCAAGUCUCGGAUCAUGCAGACCAUCGCUCUGUACGGGAACACCUCCUUCAUGGUGGCCAUCGCCAUCCUCGUCUUCCUCCUCAUCGACGCCUUCCGUGAGGUGAGGAAGUACAGCGUGACGGAGAAGGUGGACAUGGCCAACCACCCGACGGCCAUCGAGCACAUUCACAUGAAGCUGUUCAGAGCGCAGAGGAACGAGUACAUCGCCGGCUUCGCCCUGCUGCUGUGCCUAUUGCUGCGCCGGUUGGCCACGCUGCUCUCCCAGCAGGCCUCGCUCAUGGCGUCCAACGAGGCCUUCAAGAAGCAGGCGGAGAGCGCCACCGACGCCGCCAAGAAGUACAUGGAGGACAACGACCUGCUGCAGGAGAAACUGAGAGACGCUGGUGUGGAGCCGCCGGAGGCCGGAACGAAGGGACCGCAGGAGGAGAACAAAACCCUGAAGGAGGAGGUGAAGACCCUGAAGGAGGAGCUGGACACCACCAAGAAAGCUCUGCAGAAGUCAGACAGAGACGUUUCAGCCAUGAAGAAACAGGCGGAGAAUCUGACGGUGGAGUACGACCGACUGCUGGAGGAGCACAGCAAGCUGCUGGCGAGCAGCGACAAGAAGUCGGACUGAGGAAGACGAGGGUCCCCUCUCUCCGUCCUCUUCAUCCCCGUCCUGUGGUCAGCUGAUGGCGGCGAGCUCUGAUUGGUCGAUCAGAUCUGAUCUUCUGCGCCUGAACGAUGCUUCUUCUGUCACUGUUUUUUUUUUGUUGUUUCGUUUUGUUUUAUUUUGAAUAGAAGAAAACUUCCUGCAUGAAGUCGAGCUGCAUUCCAAAAUAAAUUCCUGUGAUCUCGGCUUCCACGUGCGAACGUUCCGCUCUCCUUUCAGUUUCGUCGAGUUGGAGAUCAUUCCGGUCUGCGGAGAGAGAAAUCAUUUCCUGAGCUUCAUUCCAAAAUAAAAGCAUCGUGCGCUCACGCCGAGGUUUAAAACUCAUUCUGAAUAGUCGGUUCAUGUGGAUGUUGAGUCUUUUCAGGUGUAAAAUGUAACGCUGACGUUGGAUUUCUCCAGUUUUAUGCGGUUUUCAUCCAGCAGGUGUUUGUUUUGUCUUUGUUUUUUGUUUUUUUUUUUGAAGAGUUGUUGAAACCGGUUAUGUGAGGCCUUAAAAGUACCCAGAAGAAACGAGAAUGUGGCAGAAACACCGAGCUGAAGCUGAAGGCCAGACGUGACUCGGCGCUGCCCCCGGUGCAUAGAGCUGGUUUCACAUUCUUAGUGAACACUGUCGAUGUAGCGGUGAGAUGAAUCACGGUAAUGUUCAUUUUAUUCUGAAAACCUAGAAAGUGGCCCCGAUUCGCUCCGUUUACAGUUUAGGAAAAAGGUUUAAAUUUUGUGGUUCCAGGUUUUCCUGUGAACGUGGAGCUCUGAGGACGUAGUUUACAGAGUGUGGUUGUCGGGUUGAUUCUUCACGGUUCUCAUGUCUGUUCGGGGUUUGCGGGUGGGGUUGUUUGCGUUGCGUCAUUCUGCUUUUUCAU